AUGGCAGAAGCAGAAGACAACUUUCAAGCCUUGCCUAUGGACGAAACGAAGAACAAGAGUAAGGAUAAGAAGAAGCGUGACAAAAAACGACCUCGGGAUAUUACUACCGAGGAGCGUCCAGAAGAAGAGGAGAAUGGGAAUAACAUAGAUAGCGAUGAAGACUCCUCGAUGAAGAAGAAUAAGAAUAAGAAGAAGACGAAGGUGGAAGGCGAAAGUGAAGUGAAAGAGAGAAAGGUGAAGAACAAUGGUGGGUCUGGAAUUAUGAGUUCUGAGUCAUUUGAAUCUCUGGGAUUGUCUGAACCUACUUAUAAGGCCAUUAUGGACAUGGGGUUCCACCACAUGACUCAGAUUCAAGCGAGAGCAAUUCCACCACUUUUGAUCGGAAAAGAUGUUCUUGGAGCUGCAAGGACUGGUUCUGGAAAAACUCUUGCCUUCUUAAUUCCUGCGGUGGAGCUGUUGUACAAUGUUAAGUUUACACCUCGCAAUGGAGCUGGUGUUGUUGUUAUAUGCCCAACUAGAGAGCUUGCAAUACAGACACAUGCUGUGGCCAAGGAGCUUCUCAAGUAUCAUUCACAAACUCUUGGAUUGGUUAUUGGAGGUUCAACUAGAAAACUUGAAGCUGAACGCCUAGCUAAAGGGAUAAAUCUAUUGGUAGCAACUCCUGGUCGUCUCCUAGAUCAUCUUCAAAACACAAAAGGAUUCAUAUAUAAAAAUUUAAAGUGCCUCAUGAUUGAUGAAGCUGACAGAAUCUUAGAAGCAAAUUUUGAGGAGGAAAUGAAGCAGAUUAUUAAGAUCCUUCCAAAGAGUAGGCAAACAGCUUUAUUUUCCGCUACACAAACAAAGAAGGUGGAAGAUCUUGCUCGCUUGUCAUUUCAGACAACUCCUGUCUAUAUUGAUGUGGAUGAUGGGAGAACCAAGGUCACGAACGAAGGAUUGCUUCAGGGUUAUGUUGUUGUACCCUGUGCCAAGCGCUUUAUUGUUCUAUAUUCCUUUUUGAAAAGACACCAGUCAAAAAAAGUGAUGGUCUUUUUCUCUUCAUGCAACUCUGUCAAAUUCCACGCAGACAUUCUUAAUCUCAUUCAGUUGAAUUGUUCAAGUAUUCAUGGAAAACAAAAGCAGCAGACCCGGACAACUACCUUCUUUGAUUUUUGCAAAGCAGAAAAGGGGAUCUUGCUAUGUACUGAUGUUGCUGCUCGUGGACUUGAUAUUCCUGCUGUGGACUGGAUUGUUCAGUAUGAUCCACCUGAUGAACCGAAGGAAUAUAUCCACAGGGUUGGUAGAACAGCUCGAGGUGAAGGUGGAAAAGGAAAUGCUUUGCUUUUCUUGAUUCCUGAAGAAUUGCAAUUUCUCCGCUACCUAAAGGCAGCUAAGGUCCCUGUCAAAGAGUAUGCAUAUGAUGAAAAGAAGGUGGCAAAUGUACGAUCUCACCUGGAGAAUUUGGUUGUCAACAAUUUUUAUUUGAACAAGAUGGCGAAAGAAGCUUAUAGAUCAUACAUAUUAGCUUAUAAUUCACAUUCCAUGAAAGAUAUAUUCAAUGUUCACCGUCUUGAUUUUCAGGCUGUUGCUUCUUCGUUUUGUUUCUCAAACCCACCAAACGUGACACUAAACAUAAACAGCAGUAAGCAAAGGAAGAAAAUGCGUAAAGUUGAUGGAAGUAGACAUGGAUUCAGCGACAACAAUCCUUAUGGAAAGAGAAAUUCAGAUGACAAGCGGCAGAUUGUGAGGCACUAG